AUGGUAAAGGAAGUAAAAGAAUCUGGCACGGCUUGGACAUUGUCGUGGAAGGUCUACAUCCUAGCCAUGGAAAUAUACCAGCUGCCUGGUGAUGAAGAUUCUGGUCUAACAUGUCGUACCUAUGUUAUUCAAAAUGAAACUCAUACAUUAGGAAAUGCUUUAAAAUGCAUAGUUGAUAGAUAUGACGAUGUUCAAUUCUGUGGAUAUACAUUACCUCAUCCUGCUGAGUCUAAAAUACACUUCAGGAUACAAACACAUGACACCCCAGCUUUAGAAGUCCUAAAAAGAGGUCUUAAAGAUUUACAAAGGCUCUGUGAUCACACCUUAAAUUUAUUUGAAAGAGAAGUAAAAGAAUUUAACAAAACAUAA